CACUUUAGGAGCUGUAUACUUUUCUCUCUCUUUCUCGUCGAGGUCUCCGCUCUCUCAAAGUCUCUUUCCCCAAAUUUAUUUUUCAGCUAACCAUUUUCCUUUGCAGACUCUAACAAAACCUAACCCUAACCCUAAUUUUCAACUUCUUCACGGUCUCACAGAUUCAUAUGGGAGAAACCAGGGAAACCGAUGGGUACGAGGAGGAGCUUGUAGACUACGAUGACGAAGAAGCCCAUGCACCGGCCUCGGCGCUCAAAGUUAACGGCGAAGCCACCAAGAAGGGCUAUGUUGGAAUUCACAGUUCAGGGUUCAGAGACUUCCUUUUGAAGCCAGAGCUUCUUCGAGCUAUUGUGGACUCAGGAUUUGAGCAUCCUUCCGAAGUGCAACAUGAAUGUAUUCCUCAAGCUAUCCUGGGUAUGGAUGUCAUUUGCCAAGCGAAGUCUGGAAUGGGGAAAACUGCUGUUUUUGUUCUUUCAACUUUGCAGCAGAUUGAACCUGUUACUGGACAAGUUUCUGCAAUUGUUCUGUGUCAUACAAGGGAGUUGGCUUACCAGAUUUGUCAUGAGUUCGAGAGGUUCAGUACUUACUUAACCGAUCUCAAGGUUGCUGUCUUCUACGGCGGUGUCAAUAUCAAAGUUCACAAGGAUUUGCUGAAAAAUGAGUGCCCCCAUAUUGUUGUUGGAACGCCUGGAAGAAUAUUGGCAUUGGCAAGAGAGAAGGAUCUCUCUUUGAAGAAUGUGAGGCAUUUUAUUCUGGAUGAAUGUGACAAAAUGCUUGAAUCACUUGACAUGAGGAAAGAUGUGCAGGAGAUCUUCAAGAUGACUCCUCAUGAUAAACAAGUUAUGAUGUUUUCUGCAACACUCAGCAAAGAAAUCCGCCCAGUUUGCAAGAGAUUUAUGCAAGAACCAAUGGAAAUUUAUGUUGAUGACGAGGCCAAGUUGACCCUUCAUGGUCUUGUUCAGCACUACAUCAAAUUGAGCGAGUCGGAGAAAAACCGCAAGUUGAAUGACCUCCUUGAUGCGUUGGACUUUAAUCAAGUUGUUAUCUUUGUCAAAAGUGUCAGUAGAGCGGCUGAGCUGAACAAGCUACUGAAGGAGUGUAAUUUCCCCUCUAUAUGCAUCCAUUCUGGGAUGUCCCAAGAGGAAAGGUUGACACGCUAUAAGGGUUUCAAGGAGGGGCAGUCGAGGAUUCUUGUGGCCACAGAUUUGGUUGGUAGGGGGAUAGACAUUGAGCGUGUUAACAUUGUCAUUAAUUAUGACAUGCCAGAUUCAGCAGACACUUACUUGCACAGGGUUGGUAGGGCUGGUCGGUUUGGCACCAAAGGGCUUGCAAUUACAUUCGUUUCAUCUGCAUCUGACUCGGAGGUUCUCAAUAAUGUUCAGAUGAGGUUUGAGGUGGAUAUAAAAGAACUUCCUGAGCAGAUUGAUACCUCUACAUACAUGCCCUCGUAGGUGGAGGCUUUGCAUGUGCACACCGAAGCUUCACUUGGACACUGUAGGUGGAUGGGUGCCCUGCAGACCCAGUCUUGGAACCAUUGGCUUGGGAUAUGGCGUGGCUCUUUUUAAUCUGGUGUACUCUGCGUUGGAGUUAAAUGUAGCCUUUAAACUGUUGCGGGUUGCACAGCAUGCGAGGAUUUAGGUUUUAUUGCGAUUAGGACUUUGCAAUAGUCUCUCAUUGUGAUUUCUGACAUUGAUUGCGGUAAUAUGUAUUAAUCAGAGCUGCUUAAUUACGUCAUUUGUAUGUGCGACUUAAAAUGAAAUCCUGUUGUUUUAGAUAGGGUCAGACAAAUACGAUGCUUGCUCUUAGAAGUUUUCAAGCAAUCGGAUUUACGUGCACAGGGCAAGAUGCUAGUGCUCUUUUUGGUA